UUUCAAAAUUAGUUUGAGCUCAAACAGUUGGACCCAUUGUUGAAGAUUCUUGUAUUAGAUAUGCUCAUUCUCUCUCAGAGGAAAAUAUCUACUAUUUCAGGGAGGGAAAGAAUAUGAACACAACUGAUGAAUUUGAUGUUGGCUACUUUCAUGUUAAACAUUACUGCCUUACUUAAAAUAGUUGUCAGAUUAAACAUUUGAUUGUCUGAAGGCCUUUAUUGCUUGCUAAGAUGAUUAGAAGUAAAACUACACUUACUGCUGUCCAGGAUUAUUCAAUUUUGGCCUAACUCAGAGGGUGUUUUGAUAGAGAAAGCCCUUAGCAAAUUACAUGAAACCAGAUUUAAUGCACAGUUUUAAUAUUUAAGAUUACAAAUUAUCUGCUGAACUUUGACAGUUUGGCCAAGAGCCAAUAAAUAGUGGCAAAGGCUUCCUGUAGUAAUGAGGGGGACAAACUGCUGGGGUGAUUAACACCUAUGUGUGUGUCUGUGUGAGUUUGGAGGAAGUGUUAGGGAACCCUUGGCCUCUAAAGUCAGAUGCACCCCCCUUUCCCCCAGAUCCAGGGAUUGUUGUUUCUACACACCUUUGUGGGCAAGCAGGAGCACAAACUGGGAACUGGGAGAGACAAAGAGGCAGAUCAAAGACGAGACUGAUGUUUUGACAGAAGUGCACAUACACACCUCUGUCCUCUUUGAAGUUAUGGAAAGGUAGCAUCCUAAAGGAUAGUCCUAGCAAGUCAUUGGCUUGCUACAAACCUCUGGACAAGUCACUUUAGUUUGUUGCUCCAGUCUCAUGGUCAUGUAUCUCCCAGAGGAACGGCCUGUGCUGGACUUACCUUACCAAAUGAAUUAUUUGGCUAAUAACUAUGGAUAUUAUCCACAAGACUGUAAGGAACCCAUUUUCCGCACUCAACAUGGCCUCAAUAGCAGGAUGAACAGUCCUGAAGCUGAACUGACCUCACUGCCAGUGCAUGUAUCCCUGCAAGAUCGAGAGCUUUGGGACAAAUUCAGCAGUAUUGGCACAGAGAUGCUGAUUACUAAAUCUGGAAGGCGGAUGUUUCCCAGCUCCAAAGUAACAGUGACAGGACUAAAUCCAAAAGUCAAGUAUGUGCUGAUAAUGGACAUGGUUCCUUUUGAUAACCACAAGUACAAGUGGAAUAAGGACCGUUGGGAAGUGAAUGGUUCCACUGAUCCACACCUGCCCAAUCGCUUCUUCAUCCAUCCAGACUCUCCUGCACCUGGAGAGAAAUGGAUGCAGUAUCCAAUCUCCUUUCACAAGCUCAAACUGACCAACAACACCCUCAACUCUAAUGGCCUGGUGGUUCUCCACUCCAUGCACAAAUACCAGCCCCGUCUACACAUUGUCCAAUCUCCAGACCCCUGUAACCCUCACAACUCUGGUGGUUACCUGCGCUUCUCCUUCCCUGAAGCUGCUUUUAUAGCUGUCACAGCGUACCAGAACCAAGAGAUCACAAAACUCAAGAUUGACAAUAACCCCUUUGCUAAAGGCUUUCGUGACAAUGGGCUGAACAGGAAAAGGUUUAGAGAAAAAGAGAGCCGAGAGACCCAGGAUUCAGUUGGACAGGCCAAACAGGAUUUGACAUCAAAUGAGCAUGUAGGACAGCCACAGAAGGAUGAGGAUGUGGAUGUGACCGUGUCCAGCUCUGUUGACUGCAGCAGAAAACUGAAUUCUUCAGAAGUGGCUUCCUCUGUCACCCCUAAUCCUUUCAUAUCAGCCUUCAUAAACCCCAGCACUGCUGGAGGACCUUCACCCCAUCAGACCCACACGAUUCUCAGCCUCAAUAACAGACACCUGAACAGUCCCAGAGAAGCCAGACCCUCCAGCCUCCAUAGUCUGUGUGCAGCUUUGCCCGUGGCCCAGAGCUUCUGUGUCCAGUCCUCCACAGGAGACACCGACCUCAGCAGACUGCCAUCUCAGAUCAGCAGCACUCUAAACCCUCAGCAGCACCAUCAUCACAGCAGCCCAGCCUCAUCCAUCAUCCAGCUCCAGCCUUAUUUCCAGACCCCUCCACAUCCCUCACGACAAUGUCCUGACAUGGAGCUGCCCCUCCCUCUGCCUCCCAAACUGAGCCGGAUGCAACUCCCUGAAAGUGCUCUGAGGAACCCGGAGAUGACCCCAGUCUCUGAAUAUGCUAAUCUGAGGCCCUUCACUGACAUCCUCAACAGGAUCCAUUUUCGAGCUUUAGCCUCAGGACCAUCGGGGAAGGUCCUGCAAAAUCCCCCCCAACCUGAGCAGUACCUCCGUGGCUCAGACCGAGAGCUGCGUCCGCAGAUUUCUCCAGCGCUUCAGGAACACAUCGAUCAGCAGUUCACAUUAAACAGCAUGCUGAGCAGCCAGACUGAACACAGAUCACAGAUGGACUAUGUCAGUGCCAGAGCACUAACUGAAUAUUACUGUGAACAGCAGACUGGGAAAUGAAGUUUUUCAGUCAUCAUUGAAUUAUGCCUCAUUUUGUUGCUCAUUUCCAGCAGAGACUGCACUGCUCUGCAUUAGUAGUUUACAAAGCAGAUUCAAGCUAAACACUGAGGGCUUCCCAACAAAAGAAUGUAAAUAUUUUCAGCGGGAUAUGAGGUUGUUAGUUGUCACUAAUGUCCAUAUUUAUGUUUAGUCGGUUACUGUCUGUAUGAACUUUAAACUGCUUAACAUCUAAAGUCAACAUAAAACCAUUCAGAGAUGUGAAUGACUUCAAGUAAUUCUGCAGACCACACUUUUGCUGUUUCUAUCCUAACUUUUGACCCUGUUUUUUUUUUGUUUUUUACAUUAAACCUAAAUACAGUUUUUAAGUCAUCACAACUAUAACUUUUCUUAGCAAUGUAAAGUUGCCUUUCCAAACAUCAAAUAUUUCACAUGCAAAAAAGUAAAACAAAUCAAGAUGAAUUUAUUGACUGUGAUCAGAAACAGAUUUCUUAUUAGAUACAUUUAUUGUAUAUUUACUCUACAACAAGUUAUAGGCAUUAACUAUAUGCACUGCUAUGUAACACAUUCUCAGUAUGUGAUUGUUAGUGAUGGAAAAAUCACACAACUCUAGAACAAACACACUCAGCUCAGAAACAACAGCUCUCGUUAGUUUAGAUUAAGCAUAGAAAAGUAUUCAAAGCCUGAAGUUGAUUUUAAACGUGCGCAACAUCUUAUAAACAAUGGCUACAUUUUUAAAGCACAGUUCCCUUUUCCCAGCUGAAACAGAUAUUGAUGUAAAAUAACAAACACUGAAAAUUGAAUGAAAAUGAAUGAAAUGAAAAUUGAACAUCAGUUUUAAUGAACUUGUUUCUGACAAACAGAAUAUUCUUACUGUAAAAAAACAAAAACAACAAAAAAAAACCUUAUAUUUGGCAUCUGAUUACCAAUGAGCAAAAGACCCAAUCAUUUAUGAUUCAGCAGCAAUGUAAAAUAAAUGCGGAUAUACUGUUUGACUUACUGAUGCUUGGCAAAUUGAUUUGUAUUUUCAUAACACAAUAGCAAGCUGAGAAUCAGAAGACAACAAAACAUUAAAUAUAGUCACUCUCAAUGAAAAAAAUGAUAAUAUUUUGCUGAAGCAGAGUUAACCUGACAGAGCUCUCACAUUAUCUGGAUGAUGAUAAUUAGCACUUUAGGAACAAAGAAUACAUUUGACAUUAUUUAAAACAUCACUGUUAAAACAUAAAAAAAAGAGGAAGAAGACCUGUUAUAAUCAAGCUACAUCAAUGAAUUAAAAAAUAACUGAAGUUAUUCAAUAUGGAAAAAAACUCUGUAAGGCAAGAGCUAUGAACAUGGUAGAAGUUCAACUUAAAAUGCACAGUAUCAAUCUCCAAAUGUGUAGAUUUAACAGUAGACAAAAGAGUGCACUAGGUUCUGUACUGUCAGUUUGGCUGCAGUCAUAAAAUCUUGCUUGCAGCUAAUGGAAGAGGACCAAAGCUUUAUCAUCUGCAUAAACAUUUGCUUAAGUAAAUUAUAUCGGAGGUUUUCUGCAAUGAAAAAAUAAGGAUACUUUUUAAAAUCCUGCUAAACUCAGCAUGGUUUGGCCUUUGCUUGGUGUCUCGGUAAAAAUGCAUUUGGACCACUACUUAUUAUUCAAAAAUAGGCAAAACAUUCUCAAAGAACUUACAUAAAGAUAUGAUUAUGAAUCACAUGGCGAAGUUUUAGAUGAACCACUGCACAGUGAACGGGUGAUUCGACCUCCAACCCUAAAAGCAAAGUUAAUUUUUUUAAAAUAGUUUAUCCUACUUUAAAAAAUUAUUAUAGUGCUUCCUGUUUGAACUAUACAAAAAGAUGUUUACAAAUGAACCCAUGUCUAAAUGCAUUGGUUAGAUAAACUAAAAGUCAGUUCUCCUCACUACUGUGUCACUAUUUGACCUGAACAGAAAUGUCUUCACAAUGAUUUCAAAGGCCUAGUUGAUCAAUCCAAUAAAUGGCUUUUCUACACUAUACUUCUAUAUAUCUUCAUACAGUACAUCGCAUAAACAUAACUGUGAAUAUAACCUUAGCUACCCAUUCAAAUGGAAAUACUUCCUUAUCUUCUAAAUCACUACAUACACACACAUCUGCAGCUGCCCACUAGUUAAUUUUAUGAAACAGUUCUGCGAUUAACAAAAUAACUAUAAUUGAGGUAUGUUGUUUCAACAAAAGAGGCAAAAAGUGACGAAAACAAGAGCACAUGCAGAGAUUCUGGUCCUGCAGAGGUAAGGCACCAGGGGUCAAAAAAAAAAAAAAAAAAUCCUCAUUUCUGUAAAAA